UUUACCUGGACGGAGCAUGUUUCCUCGAAGAUAAAUGAACUCGUAGGGCUUUUAAGGAGGAUUAAGAGUUUGCUCCCACGUAGUGCGCUAUUCUUUUCAAUGACAGCCUCAUUCUCCCGGUCUUUGAUUAUGCCGACAUUUUUUGGGGGGGAUAAGGGCAAUGCUGUUCUCAUGAACAAUUUACAACUCCUGCAGAACAAGGCUGCCAAAACUAUAUUAGACCGCCCUUUCUACUCCUCUGCUACCGACACGCUUGAAGCCCUUGGCUGGUUAACCUUGAUGAAACGCAGGAGUUUUCAUCGU